AGACCACGGCCGGAACGCGAGCGGAACACGGCCGCAUAUAUUUACAAUACGUUGCCAGCAGUUCCACGCAACGGUGGUCGAACGCCGCGAUCAGAUCCAGCCGCGUGUAGUGCGUGUGGCGCGGUAAAACAUUGGAAUUCGAACCAUCUCCCCGUGUCGAAAGCGGUCGUUGUGUUUGUGCGUCAAGGUGAAAGAAUCCAGCCACCGACCGACUGGGCGGUGUGUGUGGUUUUAAACAAACUUUCUCCUACAAAGUCUUGUCCACCGUCGAGGUGUGUGACUGCGUUUUGGAUGCAACCGCAACAGGGUAGUGCAUAGCGUAUUUUCCCGCUGGAUUAAAGUGAUUCAGUGAAUCAGUAGAAACCGCAGCGGUGAUUUUUGGUAGCCACAAAACACGUUCACAACUUCAACCAUGGCUUCGAUCACGGCAACCGAGCAGUCAAGGAAGAAUGCCGAGUUUAUCGUUAAAAAUCUUCUAGCUGGAGGUGUGGCCGGUAUGUGCUCGAAAACGGCCGUCGCACCGCUCGAUCGCAUCAAGAUCCUGCUGCAGGCACACUCGAUCCACUACAAACAUCUCGGCGUGUUUAGCGGCCUGAAGCACAUCGUCCAGAAGGAAUCGUUCUUCGCGCUGUACAAGGGCAACGGUGCCCAGAUGGUACGGAUAUUUCCGUACGCUGCCACACAGUUUACCGCGUUCGAGGUGUACAAAAAGUAUCUGGGGAAAGCGCUCGGCACGAACCUUCCGAUCAAGCAUGCGGACAAAUUUAUAGCUGGUGCGGCCGCGGGUGUGACCGCAGUCACCUUGACGUAUCCGCUCGAUACGAUAAGAGCCCGGUUAGCGUUCCAGGUUACUGGCGAACAUCGGUACAAUGGUAUUGUACACACUGCCGUAACAAUCUUUCGGACGGAAGGUGGAUUGCGUGCCUUAUACCGGGGAUUCGUACCAACGCUGAUGGGCAUGGUACCGUACGCCGGCUUUUCAUUCUACUGCUUCGAGAUGCUGAAGUUUGUCUGCAUGAAGUACGCACCGGGCGUAACGUGUAAAAAGUGUGACCGAAACACCGGCGGACUGGUACUUUGCGUUCCGGCAAAGUUGCUUUGUGGUGGAUUUGCCGGUGCCGUCGCACAAUCCUUCUCCUAUCCGCUGGACGUAACGCGAAGGCGGAUGCAGCUGGCGAUGAUGAAUCCAGAAACGGCGAAAUUUGGGAGCAUGGGCAUGUGGAAAACGUUAUCGAUAAUCUACAACGAGAAUGGCAUCAUGAAGGGUCUGUACCGGGGGAUGUCGAUCAACUAUCUGCGCGCCAUACCGAUGGUGGCCGUCUCCUUCUCCACCUACGAGGUGUUAAAACAGGCCCUUAAGCUGGAUACGGGCAUGAAGAUUUGAAGAAUGGGCUAGGGGGUCUACGGGACAUUAGACGAGAUCGUUCGUUUUUAGUGUUGCGAAACGGUUGAUGGUAAUUUUUAGAUGAAUUUUUGUUUAGGUAUUUGUUGUACUAGGUCUUCAUUUCAUACCAUGGACAGUUUUCAUUAGACAAGCAGCAACCAUCUUUCACAUUCUCUCUAUUUCUUUCUCUUGUUUUGUUUUGUUUUUAAUGUAAAGGAAGAGUACAUUAGGGAAGAUAUAACCUUGACAAAGUAGUGACAAUUCUCAAACACUCUGACGAUAAGGGGUAUGGUUUCCGUAAACAAUAUUUAUUUCUAAUAACUUGUACAACUGAUUGUGAAAACAGUUUGUCCUGCUAGCGAACGGUGGAUUUAAAAGAGGCACUUCCAAUACGCAGUUUUUUAUUUUACAUAGUUUGAUGUAGGGUAUAGGAAAAGCAUGCUCAGCGUAUGCACGUUCUUUGUUAUUUUGCUUUCUUUCAUAGACAAAUUUAGCUGAUCAUCACAAUUAGACCGAAGGUAGCUUGGAAGUAUUACCGGUUAAGCAUGGUUUCCGUACUUAAGUUUAAGUAAAAUGUUAUAAGUUUGUACGCGCCGACACGAUGAAGCACAUCAAAAAGAGGCAAGAGAACUUUUACUAUGGUAGGUGCGUCACUUUUCGGAGUAGGUUUCGCCGCGAGCGAACUGAUGGUCAAAUUAGAAGCAUACUUAAGGAGUGAGUAAAGAACGGAGGUAUACCAGGUUUCGUCUGCCUGCCUGACUGCAAAUGUAAUACCCGUUUACGGACGCGUAAACACCAAUCAAGAUGAUGACAUAUUUUGUUAAUAUAAAUGUUGAAACAAUGUAAAGCAUUGAGCGUGAACGUGAGUGUUAAGCAGCAAAGAAAGGACAAACUUUGACAUUUUGCACAAUGCAGUAAAUAGUGUUGCAUCUGUUGUUUGUUUUUUUUUAUUUGUUACCAUGUCUGUUUGUUUUGUAUUGUU